AUGCCUGUAGUUCGAGCUAUUGAACGUAAUGUAGUAUCAUUACCAACUAGUCCACAAAAAUCGUACAUUCUUUCGUCUAAUCUUCCAACACAAUAUGAAGAAAACAAUUCAACGGAAGAAAAAAUUUCUACAAAAAAAACAUUAGAUUCGCCAAGAAAAAAUAGUGGAUCAGUGCAAAAAACCAUAACAUCUGCCUCUGCAGCAUCUCGUCGUCCAGUAAACCAUGAUUUACUUCCACCAAUGAGAGGACGUUCAAAUACGGAUGUUCAAGCAGCUAUGUCUACAUCGAAUGGUCUUAAACAACAACAAGUAAAUAUCGGUGGAUCUGGUAGUGAUAAAGCUGUAAAUCAUCAUAAUUAUAAUCGAUCACAAUCACCAAUAUCACCGAAACCUAAGUGUACGUUACCAACAACAUCUUGUCAACCAGGUUAUGUGACACCAUCAAAAUUAUUUAAUAUGAUGGGUUAUGGUUUAGAUAAUCAAUAUUUAUUUAUGCUAGCACAUUAUUUAUAUAUUAUUGAUUGUCGAACCAAAGAAAAAUUUAACGAAAAUCAUAUUAUUACAGCCAUUCAUUGGGAAGAUGCAUUAAGUGGUGCUGUUUACAUAUCCAUCGUUGAACGAUUUAGUGAAAUUGUUUUAUAUGAUGAAAAAGGAAUUUUUUUCAAUACAUCAACAGAAAUGCGUCGUGUUUCUAAUCGUUUUUCAACGCCAGGUGCUAAAGCCUGUUUAACAUUAAGCGGUGGUUUUGAAGCAUUUCGUACAUAUUUUCCUUUCACUUGUAUCCAAUCUGAUGUACGUUCGAUAGUUGACCGUGAAAAAUUUCUUACCAUUUAUCCAUCUGUUGUUCUUGACAAUCAACUUUAUCUUGGUACCGGUCAUCAAGCAACAAAUUGGAAAGUUGUACGUGAUCUUAAAAUAACGCAUAUUAUAAAUAUAUCUGUUGAGCAUCAAUGUGUAUUUACUGAUAAAAUAAAAUAUUUACAUUUAGAAUUAGAAGAUAUGGAAGAUGUUUUACUUAAAGAUCGUUUUGAUCAAACAAUACGUUUUAUGGAAACAGCAUUUCAAAAUCCAUCAAGUCGUAUACUUGUUCAUUGUAACUUAGGUAUAUCAAGAUCAACGACAAUAAUUCUUGCUUAUUUAAUGAAAACAUAUAAUGCAACAGUUCUUGAAGCAUUCAAAUUUUUAAGACAUCGACGACCAAUUGUUAGUCCUAAUGUCGGCUUUCUUCGUCAAUUAAUUGAUUAUGAAUAUGUACUUUUUUCUCAUACAUAUUCCGAUCCACAUGAUCCAAUAUUUCAUUAA